GCAAUGCCAAAAAAUGGGUGUGUGCAUGAUAUCAUAAUAUUAUUGAAGCAUUACCUAAUGAAUUUCAUUUUUUUAGAUACACCCCUUAAAUCUUGUAUGGAAAAGUUAGGGGAGAUUCAAGUUUAAAUAUAGCAUGGAAAAUAUAGCUCGGGUCCUGUUCUGCACUGAAAAAGAUUUGGAAGGUCACAGGCCAGAUCAUCUAAUUAUAAGCAAUGUUCCAGACAUUGCUUCGUCGGGAGCAGUCCGCUUGAGCAAGUUGUGGAAUGUCAAAGAGCUCAAGGUCCAUUUCAUGAAUCCUGAAGUACUAGUGAAUUGUAAGUACGGAGGUUAUGGUUUAAACCCUCCACAAAUUUUGGACUGGGUACAGCCAUGGAAUGAGCACGCUGAAUAUUAUCCUACUAUCUCUCUGGUUGACCCAAAAGAAAAAGAUCAGGCACACAUUCGAGUGGAAUUAAAGUCAUCUGAAGGAUGCUGGUCUUACAUCGGAUCUGAUGCCACCAAGUAUCCUGGAAAGCUUACGAUGUGCCUUGACUUGUGCAAUUUAUCAGAUAAAGAAAAAAAGAGCUAUGUUCUUCAUGAGUUUGGCCACGCUUUGGGUUUGGAUCACGAGCAUCAGCGCUCUGACUUUUGGGACAUACUGGGGGAAAAAGAUGGAAAUGGUGACGAUCGAUUUAUCAUUGGGGAGGAAAAAAUGAAGAAUGGUGAUGGGUGUAAAAAAGCUCACAAUGAAGUUUUUAUGAGACGUUAUAAUGUCUCGUAUGAUAAACAGGAGCAAUCGGAGUAUGACCCAAACAGCAUAAUGCACUACUGGUUUGACAUAAAGUGGUUGAAGCCAGCAUACCAAGUUAAAAGUCCUGAGUAUGACAAACUCAAACUAGAAGAGAAAAGAGUGAUAGACGGUGUUCAUCAACGUGACUUUUCCAAUGGUGCGCUACCUGAUAAGCCAUCAGAAAACGAUUAUGGUGUUUUGAACAAAGCAUAUAAGAAGAAACAACAAGCUGGUGCUGUAUGGGAUCAGUCUGCUGAGGCUGGUCCAAGCCCCACAUCUACAAGCUCUCCAGGAGUGAUUGACUACUCCCAAAGUGAUUGCUUCAAUGCCUACAACACAAUGACCCAAUGUAGUGUGAUUCUCAACUCUGCAAUGUCUAAAGAGCCAAAAUUACUCGCUCAGGCUCUAUUGGCCGAAGGAAUUAUUGCUCAGACUACCGUUGAUCAAACAGAGGAACUGAAUGAAAUUAAGAGCUCUAAGGGGAGUCGAUUGUACUCAGCAGUGCUUUCAGUGGUUAAAAAUUUUCCCAAAAGGUUUGCAGACUUUGUUCAGAUACUGAGACGGAAUGAGCCACUUUAUCGUGAUGUGUUGACGGAGAUUGAUAAAGUGUAUAUCACCUUUAACUAAUAGACUAGAAACCUACAAUUAUAUUUUUUAUAGCUAGUUUCCAACAAUUAAGUUUUAUAACCGUAAGUGGAACUUUUAAAUGCAAUGCGAACACUUUUGGACCUGCCCAUACAGCUCCGAAUGAGGCAUGAAAUAUUAAUCAAUUUGAUGAUCAUG